AACAAAUCAAUAUUCAGUCUUUUAAAAACACUUAACAAAGCAAAUUGUAAAUAAUAAAAUGAAACGCUUGUUUAAAACAAAGAAUUUACUGGCUGAACUAUUGAUUUUCCUCAUACUACUUACGUCUCAAGUAACGGCCUUUGAAGAAUCCAUAUUCGACGAUGAAGAUAUUUAUAAACAGGCAUUGCCACCCGCCCCACCAACUACGGGCAUAACAGCACCCGGUACAAAAUGGUGUGGUCCUGGUAAUACCUCCUCAAGCUAUAAUGAUUUGGGUACACAACGUGAAACGGACAUGUGUUGUCGUGAUCAUGAUCAUUGUGAUGAUAUAUUAGAGUCUAGAUCUACAUUCCGUGGUCUUAAUAAUAGUGAUUGGUUUCCCAUUUUAAAAUGCAGUUGUGAGCAAAAAUUUAUUAAUUGUUUGCAGGCUGUCAACAAUAUGAUUUCCAAUACUCUAGGUCAUGUUUAUUAUAGUGCUAGAAGUCUAUGUAUUGCCGAGGGGCAUCCCAUAGUCAGUUGUAAACAGUAUCAGGAGGGCACUUUUCGCAAGAGAUGUAUACGUUAUAAUGUGAAUAAGAAAAAACCCAAAAUAUGGCAGUUUUAUGAAAUGCCCUUCUAUACGGAAAGCACUAAGAAAUAAAGAAAGAAGGAAUACAACAAUUUAGUGAAAAACUAAAAAAAACUUUAAUCAAUUUAAAAAUUUGUGUACGAUUUCGUUAUUUGUUAAAGUGUAUAAAUAAAUAUUGUUAUACCUUCA